AUGACAAGUGUAAUUCAACAGCCAAAUUUAACCGAGAGUUUAAGUUUAAUCGGAUGGCGAUUAAAACGUGAUGCAGAAAUACAAGAACGUAGAAAUGAAGCAAAUUUCGAAUGUGAUGUCGAACCUACAACUACCUCGUAUGCAGCAUCGGAAUAUGCAUCAGUUAUUGACGAUGAUUACAAUCUGGAUCUUUGUUUAGAAGUUGAUUCGAUUGAUAUAAAUGUUUCUUCUCAAGACACCAGUGAUGACUACGAUCCUUAUGAAGUAUUCAUGCGAUUGAAUACACGUCGAACAGGUACUGGACGUGAUCGUGCACCACUGACGAUACUACCAUCGCAAACAUCUACCAGUUCACCUUUAGCAAGCAACUAUCGUAAUUACAAUUUUGCUGAUGAUGAUACACCCGUGAAAUAUCCCUUGGCUAUCGGCCUGAUUGAUAAACGCUUAAAACAGCAGCAACACGCUCAACCAUCUAAUCGCACUGGAGUUUCUUUAUCUGCUCAGAGUCAUCAAAACAAUGUCUCGAGUAUCCGUCGACCGAUGCCUAUACCAAAUACUUCACUGAAACGAGUUACAUUUCGUCAAUCGGAUGAUGAGUUUGAUAUUGAUGAUAAUAAUGACGAUUCUUUGAACAAUGAUGUACGCCGGCGCAAUAAACUACCUAAACGUACAGCAGCUCGGAUAGGUGCUCAACGUUUUCGCAGCCAUCAUGAACGUUCAUCGUCGAUGGGUGACGACGAUUUAGACGAUGAUAUUGCUCCAACAGUAACGGAAAUGGAUAUGUUAGAAGAUGACGAAGACGUCGACGGUAGCGAACCGAUCACGAAAUCUAUGUCUUCACCUAUUAAACCACCAUCGUUACCAUCGAACAGAGCAACAACAAGCAAAUCAUCUUACAUUGGUAAUAUGCUACCAAGUUUUUACGAGCAAUUGCCAGAAUCAAAAAAAAUGUUAUUACAAGAUGCAACAGUCGAUUCAUCAUCGAAAAAUGCCAACGUUGGUGGCGAGGAGAUAGUUGACGAAGAAAACCGCUUACAGUUUCGUACUGCGGCACCGGUGCAAGGAUAUAGACGAGCAAAUCAUCUCCAGGGUACGAAACGAUACUAUGGGAAUGAAGAUGAUGACAAUGAGCAAAAUCAGCAGCAAUCAAAAAAGCGUAACCAGGAUUAUCUUCAGCAUCGAAAUUCACAAACGCGUUACCGACGAACAGAUGAGGAUUACGAUGUAGAUUAUGAUGUUAAUCAAGAUGCAUCUCAAGAAGAUGAAUAUCAACAAACAAUUAGAGCACCAGCGAGAAGAGGUCGACCACCUUCUCAGCAGCAUCAGGAAGAUCCAGCAAAGAAAAGUGCUCGUCUAAUUGCACAAUUUGAAGAACAACACGGUAUGAAAUUAGGUGACAUGCGUGUUUAUGCGCCGAAACUUCGCCUUCGUAUAUCCAGUGUCAAUGUUAAUUGGAUUAAUCUACCUCCAACGCCAAAAUUCCCUAACAAAGUUCAUCAUUCUUAA